AUGCCAACCAAGAGGACCAAGAACUGGAAGCAUUACUUCCCAACGCUCCAACAACCCCUCUCUUCCCCUGACGACGAGGGCAUCACCAACGACCCAACCUGGAGGAAGGGCGACUUCGAGAUCAUCUCCUCGGACGCCGUCCGCUUCCUUGUCGAUUCUCACCGCCUUGAAUACAGCUCCGCCUUCCACGCCGCCAUCCACGCUCACCUCGGCACUGCGAUCCUAACCGACGCCGUCAUCGAGAAGGCACCCACCGUCAAGGCGUUCCUCUCUCUGGCCACCCACACCCUCUCCAUUCCCCCUUCAUGUAUAGGCCUACGCGAACUCCUGGCCUUCCUAACGAAAUGGGGCGCUACUUCUCUCCUCCCACGUUUCUGGAGCGCCCUCGAAUCCGCCAUCCGCUCCCGCAAGGUGUGGGCGCCAUGGGCCUUCCAGACCGCCGCCUUCGGGGAUAACGCAGCGCUCUGCGACCUGGUCUUGCGGAUCGAGGCACACAAUCUUUGGGCGCAGGGAAUUGGGACCGGAACCCCAGGCAAGAGCGUAUGGGACCCGGACCAUUGGCCUACAAGAUUCCUCGUCACGCCACCCAUGUACUUGAGGGCACUGGAGCGCGCGUGGGAGAGCACCGUUAAGAUGGGAGGAGUGGAGAGUAUUGCCGAUGUCGAAGGGUUGGCUGGGGAGUUCGCCCGGUUUCUCGCCAUCGCCAAGUCUCCUUCGAUGGCGCUGCAUGUGCACCACCAUACCGAGAAGGAUUCUGGAUGA